GGAAUGCACAACACAACGGAUGGAGUGGCCGGAAGGGAGCAGCUUUUGGCUCAGCAAAGAAUGCACAGUAUGAUCAGCUCAGUGGAUGUGAAAUCCGAGGUUCCUAUGGGCCUGGAGCCCAUCUCACCAUUAGACCUAAGGACAGACCUCAGGGUGAUGAUGCCUGUGGUGGAUCCUGUUGUCCGUGAGAAGCAGCUGCAGCAGGAGUUACUUCUCAUCCAGCAGCAACAGCAAAUCCAGAAGCAGCUCCUGAUAGCAGAGUUCCAGAAGCAGCAUGAGAAUCUGACCAGACAGCACCAGGCUCAGCUCCAGGAGCACAUCAAGUUACAACAGGAACUUCUAGCCAUAAAACAACAGCAAGAACUCCUAGAAAAGGAGCAGAAACUGGAGCAGCAGAGGCAAGAACAGGAAGUAGAGAGGCAUCGCAGAGAGCAACAGCUUCCUCCUCUCAGAGGCAAAGAUAGAGGACGAGAAAGGGCAGUGGCGAGCACAGAAGUAAAGCAGAAGCUUCAAGAAUUCCUGUUGAGCAAAUCAGCAACGAAAGACACUCCAGCCAAUGGAAAGAAUCAUUCCGUGAGCCGCCAUCCCAAGCUCUGGUACACGGCUGCCCGCCACACAUCACUGGAUCAAAGUUCUCCGCCCCUCAGCGGAACAUCGCCGUCCUACAAGUACACAUUGCCAGGAGCCCAAGAUGCCAAGGAUGAUUUCCCCUUGAGAAAAACUGCCUCAGAGCCCAACUUGAAGGUGCGGUCCAGGUUAAAACAGAAAGUGGCAGAGAGGAGAAGCAGCCCCUUACUCAGGCGGAAGGAUGGAAAUGUUGUCACUUCAUUCAAGAAGCGAGUGUUUGAGGUGGCAGAAUCCUCAGUCAGCAGUAGCUCUCCAGGGUCAGGUCCCAGCUCACCAAACAAUGGACCCGCUGGAAAUGUUACUGAAAAUGAGGCUUCAGUUUUGCCUCCCACCGCUCACCCAGAGCAACUGGUUCCUCAGCAGCGCAUUCUAAUUCACGAAGAUUCCCUGAACCUGCUGAGUCUCUACACCUCCCCCUCGCUGCCCAACAUCACCCUGGGACUCCCAGCAGUGCCAUCCCCCCUCAAUGCUUCUAAUUCACUCAAAGAAAAGCAGAAGUGUGAGACACAGAUGCUCAGGCAAGGUGUUCCUCUGCCUGGCCAGUAUGGCAGUGGCAUUGCAGCGCCCUCCAGCCACGCUCAUGUAGCGUUGGAGGGAAAGCCCAACAGCAGCCACCAAGCCCUCCUGCAGCACCUACUGUUGAAGGAACAAAUGCGACAGCAAAAGCUUCUUGUGGCUGGUGGAGUCCCGUUACAUCCUCAGUCUCCUCUGGCAACAAAAGAAAGAAUUUCACCAGGUAUCAGAGGUUCCCACAAAUUGCCCCGUCACCGACCCCUGAAUCGAACCCAGUCUGCACCCUUGCCUCAGAGCACCCUGGCUCAGCUGGUCAUUCAGCAGCAGCACCAGCAGUUCCUGGAGAAGCAGAAACAGUACCAGCAGCAGAUCCACAUGAACAAACUGCUAUCGAAAUCUAUUGAACAACUGAAGCAGCCAGGCAGCCACCUUGAAGAAGCGGAGGAGGAGCUUCAGGGGGACCAGUCCAUGGAAGACAGAGCAACUGCUAGCGACAGCAGCACUAGGAAGGACAGCAGUGCUCCUCUGGAUGAUACGCUGGGACAACCUGGGCCUGUGAAGGUCAAGGAGGAGCCAGUGGACAGCGAGGAAGAAGCUCAGAUACAGGAAAUGGAAUGUGGGGAGCAGGCUGCUUUUAUGCAACAGCCACCCUUGCUGGAACCAUCACACACAUGUGCACUCUCGGCGCACCAGGCUCGGCUGGCUGCGGUUGGCAUCGACGGAUUGGAGAAGCAUGGACUCCUGUCCAGGACCCAUUCUUCCCCUGCGGCCUCCACGCUACCUCACCCAGCAGCAGACUGUCCUAGCCAGCGUGCCUCUGCCACUGGAAUUGCCUAUGACCCUCUGAUGCUGAAACAUCAGUGCAUCUGUGGCAGCUCCACCCCCCACCCUGAGCACGCUGGGCGAAUACAGAGCAUCUGGUCACGGCUGCAAGAAACUGGGCUCCUAAGUAAAUGUGAGCGAAUUCAAGGUCGAAAAGCCAGCCUGGAGGAAAUACAGCUUGUUCACUCUGAGCAUCACUCACUCUUGUACGGCACCAGCCCGCUGGACGGACAGAAGCUGGACCCCAGGACGCUCCUAGGUGACGAUUCUCGAAAGUUCUUUUCGUCCUUACCUUGUGGUGGACUUGGGGUGGACAGUGACACCAUUUGGAAUGAGCUGCACACGUCCGGUGCUGCACGCAUGGCUGUUGGCUGUGUCAUUGAGCUGGCUUCCAAAGUGGCCUCGGGGGAGCUGAAGAAUGGCUUUGCUGUUGUGAGGCCCCCAGGCCAUCAUGCUGAAGAAUCUGCAGCCAUGGGGUUCUGCUUUUUUAAUUCAGUUGCAAUUACCGCCAAAUACUUGAGAGACCAACUAAAUAUAAGCAAGAUAUUGAUUGUAGAUCUGGAUGUUCACCAUGGAAACGGUACACAGCAGGCCUUUUAUGCUGACCCCAGCAUCCUGUACAUUUCACUCCAUCGCUAUGAUGAAGGGAACUUUUUCCCUGGCAGUGGAGCCCCGAAUGAGGUUGGAAUAGGUCUGGGAGAAGGCUACAACAUCAACAUUGCCUGGACAGGUGGCCUUGACCCCCCUAUGGGAGAUGUUGAGUACCUCGAAGCCUUCAGGACGGUUGUGAUGCCUGUGGCCAGAGAGUUCCAUCCAGACAUGGUCCUGGUUUCUGCUGGAUUUGAUGCAUUGGAAGGCCACACCCCUCCACUAGGGGGUUACAAAGUGACAGCAAAAUGCUUUGGCCAUUUGACGAAGCAGUUGAUGACACUGGCUGCUGGACGUGUGGCACUGGCCCUCGAGGGAGGACAUGACCUGACAGCCAUCUGUGACGCAUCUGAAGCCUGCAUAAACGCCCUUCUAGGAAAUGAGCUGGGCCCUCUUGAGGAAGACGCUCUACACCAGACGCCGAAUACGAAUGCUGCCGCUUCCUUACAGAAGGUCAUUGAAAUCCAAAGCAAAUAUUGGAAGUCAAUCAAGAUGGUAGCUGUUGCAAGGGGCUGUGCUCUGCCUCGUUCUCAGCUGCAAGAGGAAACAGAGACCGUUUCUGCACUAGCUUCCCUGACAGUGGAUGUGGAACAGCCAUUUGCUCAGGAAGAUGGCAGAACUGCUGGUGAGCCCAUGGAAGAGGAGCCAGCCUUGUGAAGUGCCAAGUCUCCCCCGAUAUUUCCUGUGUGUGACAUCAUUGUGUAUCCCCCCCACAACCCCAGCACCCUCAGACAUGUCUGCAGCCUGGGUGGCACAGUUUGAUGGAACAUAAACACUGGGCACAAAAUUCUGAACAGCAGCUUCACUUGUUCUUUGGAUGGACUUGAAAGGG